CUAGCUUGCUGUAUCUGAUUGGAUACAGGAGUCACAUGGGUAAACUAACUUUACGGGGUCGCCAGCUAGUAGGAGGGCUUUAUGGAGCAGAAAAACGACAAAGCGAGAAAAAUUAUUUUCCACUCCAGAAAUUAAUGAUCAUGAGCUCGUAUUUGAUGGACUCUAACUACAUCGAUCCGAAAUUUCCUCCAUGCGAGGAAUAUUCGCAAAAUAACUACAUCCCAGAUCACAGUCCCGAAUAUUACAGCCGGACCAGGGACACGGGCUUUCAGCAUCACCACCAGGAUUUGUACCCACCACGGCCAAACUACCCAGAGCGCCAGUUCAGCUGUACCAGUCUCCAGGGUCCCGCGAACCCAACAGCAGCGCAACAGAGGGUACAUGGGCAACUGCAAAUCAGCCAUCAUAUCACAGAAAAGCCGCAUCUAUGCGAGACACCAAUCUCCAACCCCACCACUCCUUCCCCAGCCCCUCCAUCCUGCAACCAGCCCAGCGCAGAGCAUCCCAACAACACAACCUCGAAGCAGCCUAUAGUCUAUCCUUGGAUGAAGAAAAUACACGUCAGUUCUGUGAAUCCUAAUUACAAUGGAGGAGAACCUAAGCGAUCCAGGACUGCCUAUACCAGACAGCAGGUCUUGGAACUGGAAAAAGAAUUUCACUAUAACAGAUAUUUAACAAGGCGAAGACGUAUCGAGAUAGCUCAUUCCCUGUGUUUGUCUGAAAGACAAAUUAAAAUAUGGUUUCAGAACAGGAGGAUGAAAUGGAAAAAAGACCAUAGGCUGCCCAAUACAAAAGUCAGAUCCUCGUCUUCCUCCAAUUCUACGAGCACUACAGCUAACGCCAAUGCUGCAGUCACUGAGGAACUGUCGCAAGGCUCAGCACAGGAUCAGCGAGCAGAGGAUAUCACAAGGUUAUAAAAUAUAAACGAAAUGACUCUUGAUUAUUUAUAGAAUUUUAAUAUAUAUUUUGGUUCUUGUCAGUAGUUUUUCUUGUGCGUAAAAUAUUGAGAUGUUCCGAGCCCAAACUUUAGAUGCAUGUGAUAUAGCAUGAAACCAGGUGAAAUUACCUGCAGAUUUUUUUACGACAUUUCAGGGUUUUAUUUAUUUUUUCAAGUAAAUGUUAUGUUUAGUCAACUUAUGAAAAGAAAAAAGUCGGUAGGUCUACGGGCAUUUUGCCUUCUGAAUUUAAAUGCACAUUUGUAGCACUCAUGCGGAAAAUAAAUAAAUAAAGUGACGUGAAAAAACAUAUUUUGUAAAAUGUGAAAAAUCCCAAAAACCAGCACGGAAGACAAAGAUUAGCUCUUACACAUUAUCGUUUCCAAUUUGAAAAAAAAUGUGGUGACAUAUUUAACUGAGUUCAAAAGUUCGUAAGUAGCUUUGUCGUGGUGAUUGUGUCCUAGACUGAUUUCAACAUGAUCAUUGUAAACUGCAAUAAAGUUAAAGUGUAUCUGUGGAAAUCCCAGUGGUCAAUAAAACAGUAAAUGUGAA